UUGUAGUGGAUGCUACCGGAGAUGUAGUGGAACUCUUCGCCAUCCUUACGGAAGUAGUCAUUAUUGUAUUCCACACUGAAGGUCUGCGGCACUCCAAGCUGACAGAGAUUUCAACACACUGUGUCACAUUGCACCGAGAAGGAAAACAAGGUUGGUCCCGUACCAAUGGAGACGGUUCCGGACCGCUCAAAUAAAACAGCCAAAAAGAGGACUCGUUCAGAGUCAAAUGAGAAACUUCACCUGAUACCUUUGGGGAAACCGAAAUCCGGACGGGUAUGGAAAGACCGCAACAAACAAAGGUUCUCGGCUCUUGUAAGAGACAAGCCCCUGUGCUCCUCCUGGGAGAAGAAGAUGGCGGCCAAGCGAGAGAAGGAGCUGGUGAAGAAAUAUUCCCUGCAACUGAAGGAGGACAAAGCCAGGGAGAAAGAGGAAAAGAGGAAGCGGCAUGAGGAGAACUUGAAAAGGCGAGCUGAGAAUGAGAGGAAAGCCGAAGUUGUGCAAGUGAUCCGGAACACAAUGAAGAUCAAGAGGAUGAAGAAGAAACAGCUGAGGAAGAUUGAGAAGAGGGACACACUCGCCAUGCUGCAGAAAUCACAGCCCAGGAACCCAAAAGCUGCACAGAAAGGUGGCAAAGGGAGUGUGCAAGUUGACUGAUGGGACAUUCAGAAGCACCCCCUAGGCACUUCAUGUAGAUAUGAGAACCAGUCAGAAAAGGGGCUUGUUCCAUCUGCUACACACAGACCUGGUGUUGCAGUUCCUCCGGGAUAAAAAGGCGCUCAAUCUUUCCAUCAGGCUAGGUGGAAUUUACCAUAUUGCUUAAUCUAUCCAAUACUUUCGGAUGUGCCUAGGGACGACAUGGUGAGAACACUGAGAGGCUGCUGGAACUGGAGAGCAUGAGCAGCAAACCAAUUAACUAUCUGUGGAGCAUUGCAGAUGCAAAAAGUGCCUCCUACCUCUAUUUUGUGGAAAUCCAAACAUGAGCUGGAAGAAUUCUUAUCUUGAACUCUUCUCAACUUAUGUUCACUGGAGUGUAAUGCAAUGUUCUAUUAAACAAACCAAAUUGUGCUACACAUCCCAAACUUUUUUGUCAUGGGCCAUUAGAUUAUACUUUUUAGUGUGUUGCAUUAGAGGAAUAAAGUUAUAAAGCAAG